AUGAAGGUUCUCAUAGUUGUUUUACUGUGUGCAACAAUGGCUUUUGCCUACCAUCGUAUGAAGCGAUCUCCAGGAGGAUGCUUUGGAGGAUUGUUGGCUCAGGGUUGUGUAGUUACGGGUAACAAACUUUAUGUGAAUGGCGUUUACACGAGGAACUUGACUGAUACGGAAAUGAGCGAACUCGACACUUACAGACGAGCAGUUGAGGAUUAUAAAGCUGUGAGGCUACCGCAGAUUAUUUUCGCAUUUCGUGUUAGGCUAUUUUUGGAGAAUCUUCAAACUGAUACAGUGAUUAAAAAGCUGGUAAAAAAACGUGGAAGGCAAAUCAGUGGGAAAAUAAACAAAGCAAGUCUUUUUUUAGCAGCUGGAACUCGCUUACGAAGAAAAUUGGUUGUCAAGAAGUGA